AUCAAAGCCGUGCGGAGUUUCAAGGAGGGUGGUCGCGUUACGCUCGGAACUUUCUCAGACUAUAUCCUUUUGAGUAACAGAAAGAUAUAUAAUACAUGGUUCGGUUCGCGUAACGGCAGACGUAUAAAAAAUGACGGAACGUCGUGUGAUUUGACAGUGAAGAAACAUUUAAUGAGAAAAAGUGCCUCGGUAUCUUGUGAUAUCCGGAUUCUGGCCAACGGACCGACAUUGGUAAUCAGUGAACGGAAGGAAGGCUUGAGGCGCGGAACGCGAAAGGGAGAGACGACAAGGGUGGAAACCGGCGGCGGAGGGUGAGGCCGAAGUGAUGACGGGCGAGGAAGGAAAGUGCGGGGGUGGUACUGGCGGGGGUGCCGGUGUGGGAAACACGAAUGCGAACACAAACGUUACCGAUAACAUGAACAAUGUUAACGCGAAUGUACACGCGAACGUUAAUGCCAACAUAAAUGUCAGCCAACAAAAUGGAGGGCCGGAAAAAGCGCCUGUCGUCGGCGGUACCAACGUGGAAACGUUACCCCGCGCUGGAAAACAGAGUGACCCCAGCACGGCAUUUCUUCGAGCAGCUCGAGCAGGGCAGCUGGAAAAGGUUUUGGAAUAUUUGGAAUCGGGAGUGGACAUUAAUGCUUCAAAUGCUAAUGGCUUAAAUGCUUUACACUUGGCGGCCAAAGAUGGACAUUUGGAAAUCGUCAGAGAACUUCUUAACCGUGGCGCAGUGGUCGAUGCUGCUACCAAAAAGGGAAACACAGCGUUACAUAUCGCUUCUCUUGCUGGACAGGAGGAGGUGGUACAAUUGCUGGUACAACGAGGUGCUUCUGUGAAUGCACAGUCACAAAAUGGGUUCACGCCACUCUACAUGGCUGCUCAGGAAAAUCAUGAUUCCGUAGUCAAAUAUCUUUUGAGCAAAGGUGCCAAUCAGACAUUGGCCACUGAGGAUGGCUUCACCCCGUUAGCAGUAGCGAUGCAACAGGGUCAUGACAAGGUGGUGGCAGUUCUAUUGGAAAAUGACACUCGUGGUAAAGUUCGACUACCUGCCCUCCACAUUGCUGCCAAGAAAGACGAUUGCAAGGCUGCUGCCCUACUUCUGCAAAACGAUCAUAAUCCCGAUGUAACAUCGAAAAGUGGUUUCACACCGCUUCACAUAGCUGCACACUAUGGAAACGAUCGAAUUGCUUCCUUGCUGUAUGAUAGAGGGGCUGAUGUUAAUUUCGCGGCAAAGCACAAUAUCACACCAAUGCACGUAGCAGCAAAAUGGGGAAAAAUUAAGAUGGUGAAUCUUUUAAUGAGCAAGGGAGCUAAUAUCGAAGCGAAAACGAGAGACGGUCUUACACCCCUUCAUUGUGCGGCACGAUCAGGUCAUCACGAGGUCGUUGACAUUUUAAUAGAGAAAGGUGCACCGAUCGGUUCCAAAACGAAGAACGGUCUUGCACCGUUGCACAUGGCUUCUCAAGGAGAUCACGUUGACGCAGCGAGGAUAUUAUUGUAUCAUCGUGCACCGGUGGACGAGGUGACGGUUGAUUACCUGACAGCUCUCCACGUGGCAGCUCAUUGCGGGCAUGUGCGAGUUGCUAAGCUUCUACUCGAUAGAAAUGCCGAUCCAAACGCACGAGCUCUAAACGGCUUUACUCCACUUCACAUUGCCUGCAAGAAGAAUCGACUGAAGGUCGUUGAGCUCCUUUUAAAGCACAAAGCUAGCAUUGAAGCUACCACAGAGUCUGGAUUGACGCCUCUACAUGUAGCAAGCUUCAUGGGAUGCAUGAACAUAGUGAUUUAUUUACUGCAACACGCAGCUAGUCCCGAUGUACGAACUGUAAGAGGCGAAACGCCUUUGCAUUUAGCUGCCAGAGCGAAUCAGACUGAUAUUAUCAGGAUACUUCUUAGAAACGGUGCCCAAGUUGAUGCCACAGCAAGGGAGGAGCAAACACCGCUCCACGUAGCUUCCCGAUUGGGUAAUGUUGAUAUUGUAAUGUUGUUACUUCAACACGGUGCCGACGUAGAUGCCACGACGAAAGAUUUAUACACUCCACUUCAUAUCGCCGCUAAAGAAGGUCAAGAAGAGGUUGCAUCCGUUUUAUUAGAAAACAGCGCAUCGCUUACUGCAACGACCAAGAAAGGAUUUACACCUUUGCAUUUGGCAGCUAAAUACGGUAAUAUGAAUGUAGCAAGAUUAUUAUUGCAGAAGAAUGCGCCAGUCGAUGCUCAAGGAAAGAAUGGAGUUACUCCACUCCAUGUAGCAUCUCACUAUGACCAUCAGAAUGUAGCAUUACUUUUACUUGAUAAGGGUGCAUCACCUCAUGCUAUGGCCAAAAAUGGUCACACACCAUUGCAUAUUGCUGCACGUAAGAAUCAGAUGGACAUUGCAACUACUUUGUUGGAAUAUGGGGCAAAAGCAAACGCGGAAUCAAAAGCUGGAUUUACGCCGCUUCAUUUGAGUGCACAAGAAGGCCACACCGAUAUGUCAACGCUUCUCAUUGAGCACAAAGCCGAUACAAAUCAUAAAGCAAAGAAUGGUCUCACGCCGCUACAUUUGUGCGCACAAGAAGAUAAAGUUAACGUUGCCUCCAUUCUCGUGAAAAAUGGUGCUCAUAUUGAUGCUAAAACGAAGGCUGGUUAUACUCCAUUACACGUGGCAGCUCAUUUUGGUCAAGCAGCUAUGGUACGAUUCCUCCUACGAUCUGGCGCAGCUGUCGAUAGUAGUACCAAUGCUGGAUAUACUCCAUUACAUCAAGCUGCACAACAGGGUCAUACAUUAGUGAUCAAUUUGUUAUUGGAGGGUAAAGCAAAACCAAACACUACCACCAAUAACGGCCAGACUGCAUUGGAUAUUGCACAAAAACUCGGUUACAUUAGCGUUAUCGAAACUUUGAAAGUAGUUACAGAAACAGUCAUCACAACCACUCAUACCGUUACUAUAGAAGAGAAAUACAGAGUUCAAGCACCAGAGUCAAUGCAAGAGACGUUUAUGAGCGACAGCGAAGACGAAGGGGGUGGUGAUGAAAUCGGCAUGGCAGCCAUGAAUGUGUACGGGCAGCCUCCACACGCGCAACACGUGUACCUUCCUUCUUACUACCAGGGCCAAAUGACCUAUACCCGUGAAGAUCCGAUGCUUAGCGACCAACAGCAAUAUCGAUACAUGACUGUUGACGAUAUGAAAUCGAUGGGGGAUGAUUCGAUGCGUGUCAACGUGACAGACGACGAGAGAGACAAUCGACAUUCCGGAGCACCAACCAUAACCGAGAUGAUCACAAAAGAAAAUUAUCAACGUACAAAUGCUGCCAAUCUCAAACCAGAUAAUGUUGAUAUUAAUAGGCACCCUGUACAUGUCGGACCGUCCCUAGAGUCCUUAAACACAUCGCUGGCAGCUCUUGGUACCAUGUCGAAAGGACAAGGAAUGUGGAGGGACAGCUUCCUGGUUUCCUUUCUGGUGGAUGCACGAGGUGGUGCAAUGCGUGGCUGCAGACACAGCGGUGUUCGUGUAAUCGUUCCUCCUAGAAAAGCCGCGAUGCCGAUGCGUGUUACGUGCAGAUAUUUAAGGAGGGAUAAAUUGACAAAUCCACCCCCUUUGAUGGAAGGCGAAGCUCUGGCCAGCCGUAUUCUCGAACUUGGACCUGUGGGUGCCAAAUUCUUGGGCCCUGUCAUCAUAGAAGUACCACACUUUGCUUCACUGCGAGGAAAAGAACGAGAGAUAGUUAUACUUCGAUCGGAUAAUGGAGAAACUUGGCGCGAACACACCCUGGAAGCCAGCGAGGAGGCUGUCCAGGAUGUGCUUAACGAGAGCUUUGAAGGAGAAGAAUUAAGCCAGCUCGAGGAUCUCCAAACUUCUCGGAUCGUAAGGAUACUCACUGCAGACUUCCCACAUUAUUUCGCGGUAGUGUCUCGUAUUAGACAAGAGGUUCAUGCAGUUGGUCCAGAGGGUGGCACAGUCUCUUCAUCUGCUGUUCCACAAGUUCAGGCUGUCUUUCCACCAGCAGCUCUUACUAAAAAGAUCAGAGUUGGUCUGCAGGCACAUCCAAUACCGGCGGAUCUUGUAGCCAAACUUCUUGGUAACCGAGUUGCAGUGUCACCAAUUGUAACAGUUGAACCAAGGCGAAGAAAGUUUCAUAAGCCAAUAACUUUAACCAUACCUGUGCCGCAAGCAGCCAACAAAGGAAUGAUCAAUCAAUAUUCAGGAGAUGCACCAACGUUGAGACUCCUGUGCAGCAUAACUGGGGGUCAGUCUCGGGCAGUCUGGGAGGAUGUCACAGGUUCAACGCCGCUGACGUUCGUUAAGGAUUGCGUCUCCUUCACCACCACUGUGUCGGCUCGCUUUUGGUUGAUGGAUUGCCGGAAUAUCUCCGAGGCCACGAAAAUGGCAACAGAACUGUACACACACGCGACACAUGUACCUUUCAUGGCUAAGUUCGUAGUAUUUGCAAAACGAAUAGAUCCUCUGGAAGCAAGGCUACGCGUCUUCUGUAUGACCGACGACAAGGAGGAUAAGACUUUAGAAAACCAGGAACAUUUCACGGAAGUUGCGAAGAGUCGAGAUGUCGAGGUCCUGGAAGGCAAGACGCAGUACAUGGAAUUUUCGGGUAACCUAGUGCCAGUAUUGAAGAGCGGCGAACAGUUACAAUUACCGUUCAGAGCUUUCAAAGAGAAUAGAGUUCCAUUCACGGCGAGGAUAAAGGAUCCCGAUGCGGCAGACACUAUGGGUCGCAUUAUGUUCAUGAGCGAGCCGAAGGUUCCCAAAGGCGAACUACCGCAGACACCUAUAUGCACGUUGCAUAUUUUGUUGCCAGAAAAGAUAUCUCCGGAAGCUGCGGCUUCUGAGGUGGAUUUGCUCGAACUUUCAAAGAAUUACAGCUUCUUACGUGACGGUGGCAUAAGUCGUCCGGAUGCAAUUCAUAGAGCGACUAUACGAUUGACUGAUAUCGCGAAUUUGUUGGACAAAGACUGGGAGAAACUCGCGGAAGAAUUAAAUAUCCCACCGAACGAAGUAUCCACGAUUAAACAGGAAUAUUCUAAUAAACCAGCUCAGCAAGCUGCAGCCAUGCUUAAGAUCUGGCAGAGCAACGGAAACAAAGCUACAGGGAAUACUUUGGAGAAGGCGUUGAAUAAAAUUGGUCGGGAGGACAUUGUAAAGAAAUGCAUAUUUAACGUGGAACUGGUAACGGAUGACGUAGAAAAAGCAGUAGCCAGAGUUCGAUUAGAUCAACCAGGAUUUGAUUCAUUGAAAGAAGAAUUAGGUCCUUCAAGGGAUACUUCUCUUCGCCGUGACGCGACGAUGGAUCCGAAAAUGGAUCCUGAUUAUGACGAAUUUAAUAAAACUAAGGAAUCUGGAUCAAUCGAGGACCUCAAUAUUAGUGGCUCUAAGCGAGAUACGCCGAAACAGCAUGUCACAAUCACAAACGGCACUGUAUUCAACGGAACCUCGACCCCCAUCAAAGAUAAAUACGCAAGCGACGAGAAAGAGCUAGGGGAUGUAAUGGCCGAUUUUCUCGAGCACAAAUGUCACGUAUCCGAUACGAUGAGCAAAAAGUCACGCGACGAAAUAGACGACGAGGACAAGAAACGACAGAGGGUGAUCGCAGAUGCCAACAGAAUAGUUUCCGGUGUAAUAGCAGACGCUGAGAAAGAGAAGGGGAAGUUAGCGAAGGAGGGGUGGUCGGUGGUUUAUGAUGAUGAUGAUGCGCGGGGCAAUAAAGAGGCAGGAGGUGCUGUGAUUCAGAGUUUUGUUAGGGAACAAUUCAGUGACAAAGAACAGAAAGAUAAGGGCGGAAAGUUGGAUGAAAGGUAUAAUGAUAAAGCACCGGUCGUUGAACCGAUGAUGGUUAAACAACGCUACGUUCGCGAUGGGAAGGGCGAUUCGAACGUUACAGUAAUUAAAACUAAAACUAUAGUCACGAUGAGUGAUGACAAAGGAGGUCAGCCACCUGUGAUCACUCAGACUAUCAUAACGAAAGAGAUAGACGGUACGGUACCUAAAGAAACAGUGACAGUUUCAAAUGGCAAACAAAUUCUUACAAGUAAGAAAGAAAUGUUGUCUAAAGAAGGUAAGGAGAUCGAUGAAAAGACAACAGAUGCCAAGAAAGAAGGAACCGUCGUUAAAAUUAACAUUCCAGAAGAAGCUAAACCUGUCACUGAUAAACAGGUGUCCGCUUACGAAAGCGUCUACACUAUUCAGUAUCCUUCUGGACAACCCGAUGAGAAACAGGAGGACGAAUCGAAGAAAUCGAAAGACAAGAGUGGUGGUAUCCUCUCUGGAAUUUUCAAAGGGUCCAAACUGAAGAAGGGUAAAUCUAAAGGGUCGAAGGACACUUCCUUUGACAGCGGUGACGAAGAGGCUAAAAUAGUCUCACCAACAACUACGGAACAACAAGUUCCACAUAUAGUUACUACAAUCGAGACAGUGACUGUGACACCUGCAGAGAGUAUUGCAGUACCUGAUGUAAAGGCAGCUACGAUGCAGUUCUUAGACGAAUCGAGGCGUGUUGCAUCUGCAAUGCAACCAUUGCCUGAAGUAGAUUCUAAGAAAAAAGAAGAUGCAAAAAUGGUAACCAAGGAACCAGAUGUAAUUGUGACCAGUGAUAGUAGCGAUCAAGAGAAAGAAAAAGGUGGUGGUUUCUUUGGAAUAUUCAAGAGUCCAAAGUCGAAGGAGAAGAAGCUGAAGAAGACCAAAGAAGCGUCCUUCGACAGUGGCGACGAAGAGCUAAGAAUUGUAACAGAGAAAUUCUUAGAUGACACCAAGAAAAUUGCUGACACUACUGUCACAUCCCCUGUGUCCAAAGAUGGCAAACAAGAGUUGAUUACUUUCACCUCUCACGUGCAUUACGACGAAGAUACACCUAAGGAUAGGAUAAAUGGGCAUUCCUAUGACAUCUCGGAGAUUCAGAAAAAGUCUGAAGCGAUUAGAAGCACUCCUCAGAGGGAGAUGAAUGGAAAAUCUGACGCGAAGAAAGGAAAAGAGACUCCUCAGAAGGAGAGAAGCUUGGAGAGAUCUACCGUCUCUCCAGAUAAGACAGAAGAUGAGAAGGAACAAGAAGAAGGUAAAGAUAAGAGUGGCGGGUUCUUCAGUAUGUUUAAGAGCCCGAAACUGAAGAGUAAAAAGCGAAGCGCGUCAAGGGAGAAGAGUUCCUCCAAGGAAACCUCCUUCGAUAGCGGAGACGAAGAGACGCGACAAUUAACUGCUACUUUCUUGGAUGAUACUAAGAAAGUUGCGAGUAGCAUGCACCACGAAGAGCCGAAACAAGGCGUCGAAGUUACUGUCCACCAGACAGACGUGAAAAUCCCUGAGGCAGAUUAUGCGGAGAAAGAUAAAGGAAGCGGAAUUCUCAGCAAAUUCAGAAGUCCUAAAUUGUCCAGAGAAUCGCGAAGCAGAUCUCGCGAAAAGCAGACGGUGCAGGAACCAGAGCCGAAGAUAGACAGUACCUUGCGAGAAACAACUGCGAAAUUCUUGGAGGACGCGAAGAACCUCGCCAGUCUGACGGUAGAAGUACCAAGUAAGGUGGAGGAAUCGGCAAAAGGCGCAAAAGCUGAAGUGAAAGAAGAAACCGAUGCGGCGAAGCAGAAGAUUUCUUUAGGAAUGGAUGCAUUUGUAGAGAGUGUAGAGGAAUCGAAGAGUAAAUUAUCAAAAGAGGGCAAGAAAGCGAAGGAAAAGAGCGGUGGUUUCCUCUCUGGUUUGUUCAAAGGUGCGAAACACGCAGCUGACGAAGUCUCCGAAGACGUUAAUGAGACGAUUGACGAUGCUAAGAAAGACGCUGCUCAAGAAAAAACACGCGUUCGUGAAGCAGUAGCAGAGAAACUGGAUGACAUCGAUGGAGUAAAGGAUAAAGCGGCUGAAGGCAUGAAAGAUGCAAAGGAUAAGACAGUGACUAUUAUAAAAGACACUAAGGAGACAGUGACUGUUAUAAAAGACACUAAGGAGACAGUGAGUACGAAGGUGUUCAAAGGUAUGAAGAAGGUAGCAGAUACUGGCAAGGCUGUUGGGGAUAAAGUAGCUGAUGAAGCGAAGCAAGCUAAAGAAGCUACAGAUGCUGCAGCUGGGAAAGUAGCAGAUGAAGCAAAAGCAGCGAAGGAAAAAGCAGCUGCUGAUAUGAAGGAUGCUAAAGACAAAGUCACAGUAGCUGUGAAAGACACCAAGGAUCAGGUGAAAGACAAAGUAUCUGAGGGUGCGCAGAAGGUAGCCCAGUCCAGCAAAGAUGCUGCAGGUAAAGUGGUCGACGGAGUAAAAACUGCAGAAGCCAAAGUGGAAGCAGCAGCCAAAGGAGUAGCCGACGGUGCUAAAACAGCAAAGGACAAGGUAGUUACUGAAGUUAAAGAGGACACUGAAGCUGUGAAGCAGAAGGUGUCCUCCGGAGUAGACGCUGUUGUGGAUGGUGCAGCUGCAGCAAAAGAUAAGACUGCGAAGGAAGCUAAGAAAGCGAAAGAAAAAGCAGGCGGCUUCCUAUCAGGAUUAUUCAAGGGCGCCAAACACGCUGCAGACGAGGUUUCGGAGGAUAUGAAGGAUUUCGUGGACGAGGCAAAGAAGGAAGCUGCUGAAGAGGAAGCUCGUGCACGAGAAGCAGCAGCACAGAAAUUAAAAGAGGCUGAUGCAGCGAAAGACAAAGCUGCAGGAGCUGUGAAGGAGACCAAGGACAAAAUUAGCGACAAGGUUUCUGAUGGUGUCCAGAAAGUGUCUGAUGCAGGUAAAGAUACAGCUAAGAAGGUAAUAGUUGAAGUGAAACAAAUUGGUGAGAGAGUGGAUGAAACAGCAAAGGAUGUAGCUGAUGGUGCGAAAACAGCGAAAGAUAAAGCAGUUGAAGAUGCGAAAGGUAUUAAAGAGAAGGUUAGCGAAAAAGUGACAGACGCAACGCAGAAGGUAUCAGACACUGGUAAAGCAGUUGGUGAUAAAAUGGUAGAAGGUGUUAAAAAGACCGAGGAAAAGGUAGAAGCAGCAGCCCAUGGGGUAGCUGACGGUGCUAAGGCAGCCAAAGAAGUUAAGGAAGAUGUUGAAAUUGUGAAGCAGAAAGUUUCUUCAGGAGUAGAUUCUGUGGUAGACGGCGCAGCAGCAGCGAAAGAUAAGGCUGCAAAGGAGGCUAAGAAAGCUAAGGAAAAGGGUGGCGGUUUCCUUUCGGGCUGGUUCAAAGGUGCGAAACAGUCAGCAGACGAUGUGACAGAUGAAGUUGAGGACUUCCUGGAGAAAACCAAGAAGGAGGCAGCUGAAGAAGAAGCACGAGCACGUGCGGCAGCUGCAGAAAAGCUGAAGGAUACUGAAGCAGCUAAAGACAAAGCAGUUGCUGAUGUGAAGGAUGCAAAGGAUAAGGUCGCCUUCACUGUUAAGGAUGCCAAGGAUAAAGUCAGUGAAAAGGUUGCUGCCACUGCAGAAAAGGUUUUAGAUACUGGAAAGGCUGCAGCUGAAAAAGUAGCAGAUGGUGUGAAACAAGUAGAAGAUAAAACAGCUAAGGCUGCUCAUGAAGUAGCAGACGCUGCUAAAGCUGCCAAGGACAAAGCAGCUGAGGAUGCGAAAAAAGCCAGCGAUAAAGUUACCACGGCUGCAAAAGACACAAAGGACAAAGUCAGCGAGAAAGUCACAGAGGGCGCACAAAAGGUAUCAGCUGCUGGUGCAGCAGUUGGAGGCGUAAUUAUGGGUGGAAUUAAAAAAGCCGAAAGUAAAACGGAAGCAGCAGCUCAUGACAUAGCUGAAGGUACAAAAGCAGCAAAAGAUAAGGUAGCUAAAGAGAUUAAAGAAGAUGCUGAUGUUGUGAAGCAAAAGGUUUCAUCAGGAGUGGAUGCAGUAGCGGAUGGAGCAGCUGCAGCGAAAGACAAGACAGCGAAAGAAGCUAAAAAGGCUAAGGAGAAGGCUGGUGGCUUCCUUUCUGGAUUGUUCAAGGGUGCAAAGCACGCAGCUGACGAAACUUCAGAAGAAGUUAGGGAAUUUGUCGAUGACACGAAGAAACAAGCGGCAGAAGAUGAAGCCAAAGCACGCGCCGCUGUUGAUGAGAAGCUGAAGAGCGCUGAGGCAGCCAAAGACAAAGCUGUUGCUGAUAUAAAAGACGCGAAAGAUAAGAUUGCGUCUACCGCGAAAGAUGUCAAGGGCAAGACCACUGAAAAGGUUUCUGCUGCUGCACAGAAGGUAUCAGAUACUGGAAAAACUGCAGCUGACAAAGUAGCAGACGGAGCAAAACAGGUUGGUGAAAAAGUAGAUGAAACAGUUACAGGAAUAGCAGAUGGAGCAAAAGCUGCUAAGGACAAGGCAGCUAAAGAUGCUAAAGAAGCCAAGGACAAAAUUGCUACAACUGCCAAAGACACCACAGAGAAAGUCAGUGAAAAAGUGGCAGAGGGUGCACAAAAAGUGACAGAUGCUGGGAAGGCAGUUGGAGUUAAAAUCGUAGACGGAGUUGCAAAGACCGAAGAGAAGAUAGAAACAACAGCUCAUGGAAUAGCUGAUGGCGCUAAAGCAGCUAAAGAUAAAGCGGCAAAAGAAAUAAAACAAGACACUGACGCUGUAAAACAAAAAAUUACAUCUGGUGUAGACACUGUAGUAGAUGGAGCAGCCGCAGCGAAAGACAAAGCAGCAAAAGAGGCUAAGAAAGCCAAAGAGAAGACCGGUGGCUUCCUUUCGGGUCUUUUCAAAGGUGCCAAACAUGCAGCUGACGACGUAUCAGACGAAGUUAAAGAAUUCCUAGAUGAAACUAAGAAAGAGGCUGCUGAAGAAGAAGCUAGAGCACGUGCGGCAGCUGCAGAGAAGUUGAAGGAUGCUGAAGCAGCUAAAGACAAAGCAGUCGCUGAUGUGAAAGAUGCGAAGGAUAAGAUUUCCUCCACUGUUAAGGAUGCCAAGGAUAAAGCAGGAGAGAAGGUUGCUAUUGCUGCCCAGAAGGUUUCAGACACUAGGAAGGCUGCAGCCGACAAAGUAGCAGAUGGUGUGCAACAAUUAGAAGAUAAAACAGCUAAGGCAGCUCAUGAAGUAGCAGAUGCUGCAAAAGCUACGAAAGACAAAGUAGCCGAAGAUGCAAAGAUGGCUAGUGAAAAAGUUGCUACUGCUGCGAAGCAUGUAAAAGACAAAAUGGCUGCGGAUGUAAAGAUGGCAACCGAUAAAGCUGCUACUGCUGCGAAAGAUACGAAGGACAAAGUUGGCGAGAAAGUGGCAGAAGGAGCACAAAAGGUAUCAGAUACUGGUAAAGCAGUUAGCUAUAAAGUAGUUGACGGAGUCCACAAAGUUGAGGAUAAAACUACGGCAACUGCUCAUGGAAUAGCAGAAGGUGCUAAAAUGACUAAGGACAAGGUUGCGAAGGAACUUAAGGAAGAUGCUGACGUUGUAAAGCAGAAAGUUUCAUCUGGCGUGGAUGCAGUAGCAGAUGGGACAGCAGCAACAAAAGAUAAAGUUGCGAAAGAAGCUAAAAAGGCCAAAGAGAAGGCCGGUGGCUUCCUUUCAGGACUAUUCAAGGGUGCUAAGCAUACAGCAGAUGAUGCCUCAGAACAAGUUAGAGACUUUCUGGAUGAAGCUAGAAAGGAUUCAGAUGAAGAGAAAACUAGACUGCGCGCAGCUGCUGCAGAGAAACUGGAAGGCGUGGAAACAGCUACAGACAAAGCAGUUGUUGAUGUAAAGGAUGCGAAAGAUAAAGUAGUAUCUACAGUAAAGGAUGCCAAGGAUAAAACCGCUGAGAAGGUUUCUGCGGCUGCGCAGAAGGUAUCAGAUACCGGAAAAGCUGCAGCUGAAAAAGUAACAGACGGUGUAAAACAAGCUGAGAGUAAAGUAGAGAAAGCAGCUCAUGAAGUUGCCGAUGCUACUAAAGCUGCUAAAGAUAAAGCCGUCGAUGAUGUAAAGGAGGUCGGUGACAAAGUUGCUACUGCUGCGAAGGAUACAAAGGACAAGAUCGGGGAAAAAGUGGCAGAAGGAGCGCAGAAGGUAUCAGAUACUGGUAAGGCAGUUGGGGAUAAGAUACUUGAUGGAGCAAAGAAAGUCGAGGAUACGGCUGCAUCCGCUGCUCACGAAGUAGCAGAAGGAGCAAAAAUGGCGAAGGAUAAGGUAGCAAAGGAGAUCAAAGAAGAUGCCGACGCUGUAAAACAGAAGGUUUCAUCUGACGUGGAUGCAGUAGCAGAUGGGGCAGCAGCAACGAAAGAUAAAGCUGCGAAAGAAGCUAAAAAAGCCAAAGAGAAGGCCGGUGGCUUUCUGUCAGGACUAUUCAAGGGCGCUAAACACGCAGCUGAUGAUGUUUCAGGAGAAGUAAAAGAAUUUCUUGAUGAUACAAAGAAGGAGGCAGCUGAGGAAGAAGCUCGUGCUCGUGCAGCAGCUGCGGAGAAGCUGAAAGAUGCUGAAGCAGUUAAAGACAAAGCAGUUGCUGAUGCGAAGGAUGCGAAGGAUAAGAUUUCUUCCACUGUUAAGGAUGCUAAGGAUAAAGUCAGUGAAAAGGUUGCUGCCACUGCCGAGAAGGUUUCAGACACUGGAAAGGCAGCAGCUGAAAAAGUAACAGACACUGCAAAACAAAUUGGUGAUAAAGCGGAUAAAACAGCUCAGGAAAUAGCAGACGCUGCUAAAGCUACUAAAGACAAAGCUGCUGAAGAUGCAAAAGAAAUUAAAGAUAAAGUGACAACUAGCGUCAAGGACGCCAAAGAUAAGGUGAGCGAAAAAGUAUCAGACACUGGCAAAGCAGUUGGUGACAAAAUGUUGGAUGGAGUAAAGAAAGCUGAAGACAAGGUAGACUCCGCAGCUCACGCAGUAGUUGACAGCACUAAGGCAGCAAAGGACAAAGCAGUCAAGGAGAUCAAAGACGACGCAGAUGCUGUAAAGCAGAAAGUUUCUUCAGGUGUAGAUUCAGCUGUAGAAGGUGCGGCAACAGUGAAAGAUAAGGCAGCUAAAGAAGCUAAGAAAACGAAAGAAAAGGCAGGUGGUUUCCUUUCUGGUUUAUUCAAGGGAGUGAAACAUGCUGCUGAUGACGUGUCUGAAGAAGUCAAGGAAUUCGUUGACGAUACAAAGAAGGAAGCAGCUGAGGAAGAAGCUCGAGCCCGUGCUGCAGCUGCAGAGAAGUUGAAGGACGUUGAAGCAGCCAAAGACAAAGCUGUUGCUGAUGUAAAAGAUGCGAAGGAUAAAGUUACAUCUACAGUGAAGGAUGCUAAAGACAAAGCUAGUGAAAAGGUCUCGGCUGCUGCACAGAAGGUGUCAGAUACUGGAAGAGCUGCGGCUGAAAAGGUUGCAGAUGGUGUGAAACAACUUGAUGACAAAACAGCUAAGGCAGCUCAUGACGUGGAAGACGCUGCUAAAGCUGCAAAAGACAAAGCUGCAGAAGAUGCCAGCAAAGUUAAGGACAAGGUCGCCACUGCUGUAAAAGACACAAAGGACAAGGUCGGUGAGAAAGUCUCAGCAGGUGCACAAAAAGUAUCAGAUACUGGUAAGACGAUUGGAGGUACGGUAGUAGACGGAAUCAAAAAAGCUGAAGAAAAGGUAGAGACAACAGCUCACGGAAUUGCUGAAGGUGCUAAAGCUGCAAAGGAUAAGGCUGCAGAGGAAAUCAAGCAAGACGCUGAUGCUUUCAAACAGAAAGUUUCGUCUGGCGUCGAUGCAGUAGUAGAAGGAGCAACGACAACCAAGGAUAAAGCGUCAAAAGAAGCCAAGAAUGCCAAAGAGAAAACUGGAGGUUUCCUUUCUGGCUUAUUCAAGGGUGCGAAGCAUGCUGCGGACGAUGUGACAGGUGAUGUCAGAGAAUUUCUUGAUGAAACUAGGAAAGAGGCGGCUGAUGAACAAGCGAGAUUGCGCGCAGCAGCUGCGGAGAAAUUGAAGGAUGCUGAAACAGCUAAAGACAAAGCAGUUGCUGAUGUAAAGGAUGUCAAGGAUAAAGCCGCGUCUGCAGUGAAAGAUGCCAAAGACAAAGCUAGUGAAAAGGUGUCCGCCACUGCUCAGAAGGUAGGAGAUACAGCAGAUGCUGCUAAAGAUAAGGUAGUGGAAGAUGUAAAGGAUGUUAAGGACAAGAUUGCUACUACUGCAAAGGACGCAAAAGACAAAGUAGCUGACAAGAUGAUUGAAGGUGCAGAAAAGGUGUCAGAUACUGGUGAAGCAGUUGGUGGUGCUGUCCAAGAUGGCAUCAAAAAGAGCAAGGAUCAAACUGAAACCAUGCUUCAGGAUGCAGCUACUGGCAUCAAGACUACAAAGGAGAAAGUAGCGAAAGAAAUUAAGGAAGAUGUCGAAGCUGUAAAAGGAACGGUGUCAUCUGGGGUAGAUUCAAUGGCGGAAAGUGCAACCUCUGCCAAAGAUAAAGCAGCAGCAGAGGCUAAAAAAGCAAAAGAAAAGGGAGGUGGUUUUCUGUCAGGAUUAUUCAAAAGCGCAAAGCAUGCAGCAGAUGAAAUCACAGAGGAUGUAAAAGACUUCGUAGAUGAAACGAAGAAAGAAGCAACCGAAGAAGAAGCGCGAGCCCGUACAGCUGUGACAGAAAAGGUGAAGGAUCUUGAUAGUGCGAAAGAUAAAGCAGCAGCUGAUAUGAAGGACGUGAAAGAUAAAGUUGUUACCACUGCUAAGGAUACCAAAGAUAAGGCGAGCGAAAAAGUAUCUGAGGGUGUUCAUAAAGUAUCAGAUACUACAAAAAGUGCAGUUGAGAAGGUCUCUGAUGGCGUUAAGCAAAUUGAAGAAAAAGUUGUCGAAAAAGCGCAAAAGGUAGCUGAUGGUGCAGAGACUUUGAAAGAUAAAGCUGUAGAAGACACCAGCAAAGUGAAGGAUAAGGUCGCAACUACAACAAAAGACACAAAGGACAAAGUUAGUGAAAAAGUAACAGUGGGCGCACAAAAGGUAUCAGCCGCUGGUGCAGCGGUUGGAGGAGCAAUAUUGGGUGGAAUUAAAAAAGUCGAAAGUAAAACAGAAGCAGCAGCUCAUGACAUAGCUGAAGGCACAAAGACAGCAAAAGAUAAGGUAGCUAAGGAGAUUAAAGAGGAUGCUGACGUUGUAAAGCAGAAGGUAUCAUCAGGAGCGGACGCAGUAGUAGAUAAAGCAGCUGCAGCUAAGGAAAAGGCAGCGAAAGAAGCUAAGAAAGCCAAAGAUAAGGCCGGUGGUUUUCUAUCCGGAUUGUUUAAAGGUGCAAAGCACGCGACCGACGAUGUUUCAGGUGACGUUAAGGAAUUCCUUGAUGAAACUAGAAAAGAAGCAGCUGAAGAGGAAGCUCGUGCUCGUGCUGCAGCUGCUGAGAAACUGAAGGAUGCCGAAGCAGCUAAAGACAAAGCAGUUGCUGAUGUGAAAGAUGCGAAGGACAAAGUUGCAUCUACUGUAAAAGAUGCUAAGGACAAAGCCAGUGAAAAGGUUUCUACUGCUGCACAGAAGGUGUCAGAUACUGGAAAAGCUGCAGCUGAAAAGAUAACAGAUGGUGUGAAACAAGUUGAGGACAAAACAACUAAGGCAGCUCACGAAGUAGCUGAUGCUGCUAAAGCUGCUAAGGACAAAGUAGCUGAGGAUGCAAAAGUAGCUGGUGAUAAACUUGCCACUGCUGCAAAGGAUGCAAAGGACAAAGUAGCUGAAGAUGCAAAAACAGCUGGUGAUAAACUUGCCACUGCUGCAAAGGAUGCGAAAGACAAGGUAGCUGAAGAUGUGAAGACUGCCAGUGAUAAAGUUGCAAGUGCUGCAAAGGAUGCGAAGGACAAGGUAGCUGAUGAUGUGAAGGGUGUCAGUGAUAAAGUGGCUACUGCUGCAAGGGAUACGAAGGACAAAGUAGCUGAGGAUGUACAGACAGCCAGUGAUAGAGUCGCUACUGCUGCACAAGCAGCAAAGGAUAAGGUAGCUGAGGACGCAAAGAUAGCUAGUGAUAAACUUGCCACUGCUGCAAAGGAUGCAAAGGACAAGGUAGCUGAGGAUGCAAAGGCAGCCAGUGACACAGUUUCUACCGCUGCCAAGGAUGCUAAGGACAAAGUUAGCGAGAAGGUAACAAAAGGAGCACAGAAAGUAUCAGAUGCUGGUAAGACAGUUGGUGAGAAAAUAGUCGAAGGAGUCCACAAAGUUGAAGAUAAAGCUGCAGCAACUGCUCAUGGUAUAGCGGAUGGUGCUAAAACGACGAAGGACAAGGUUGCAAAGGAACUUAAGGAAGAUGCUGACGUUGUAAAGCAGAAAGUUUCAUCUGGUGUGGAUGCAGUAGCAGAUGGAGCAGCAGCGGCAAAGGACAAAGCAGCCAAGGAAGCUAAGAAAGCUAAAGAUAAGGCUGGAGGUUUCUUCUCUGGAUUGUUCAAGGGUGCAAAGCACGCAGCUGACGAUGUUUCAGACGAAGUUAAGGAAUUCCUUGAUGAAACCAGAAAAGAAGCAGCUGAAGAGGAAGCUCGUGCUCGUGCUGCAGCUGCAGAGAAACUGAAGGACGCUGAAGCAGCUAAAGACAAAGCCGUUGCUGAUGUAAAAGAUACGAAGGACAAAGUUGCAUCUACUGUAAAGGAUGCCAAGGAUAAAGCCAGUGAAAAAGUUUCUAUUGUUGCCCAGAAGGUUUCAGAUACAGGAAAAGCCGCAGCUGACAAAGUUGCUACUGCUGCCCACAAGGUCUCAGAUACUGGCAAAGCUGCAGUUGACAAAGUAGCAGAUGGUGUCAAACAGGUUGAAGACAAAACAGCUAAGGCAGCUCAUGAAGUUGCAGAUGCUGCAAAAGCUACAAAAGACAAAGUAGCUGAAGAUGCUAAAAUGGCCGCCGAUAAAGUUGCUGCUGCUGCAAAGGACACAAAGGACAAAGUCAGCGAGAAAGUAGCAGAAGGAGCACAGAAGGUAUCAGAUGCUGGCAAGGCAACUGAGGAAAAAAUACAUGAUGGAGUACAGAAAGUCGAAGAUAAAGCGAAAACAGCCGCUCACGACAUAGCAGACGGCGCUAAGAUGACCAAAGACAAGGUAGCAAAGGAGAUUAAGGAAGAUACUGAUGCUGUAAAACAGAAAGUUUCAUCUGGUGUAGAUACCGUGGUAGAUAGCGCAGCUGCAGCAAAGGAUAAGGCUGCGAAGGAAGCUAAGAAGGCCAAAGAAAAAACUGGUGGCUUCCUGUCAGGAUUGUUCAAGGGUGCUAAACAUGCAGCUGAUGAAGUAUCAGGAGAAUUCAGUGAAUUCCUAGACGAGACAAAGAAAGAAGCAGCCGAGGAAGAAGCCCGUGCUCGCGAAGCAGUGUCGGAAAAGAUGAAAGACCUCGACGCAGCUAAAGAUAAAGCUGCAGCUGACAUGAAGGAUGCGAAAGAUAAAGUUUCUACUACUGCUAAGGAUACCAAGGACAAAAUCAGCGAGAAAUUAUCCGAUGGCACUUAUAGAAUCGUAGAUACUGGAAGAGCCGCAGCUGAGAAAGUCGCAGACACUGCAAAGAAAGUUGGAGAUAAGGCAGAUAAGACAGCUCAGGAAGUAGCAGACGCUGCUAAAUCAGCAAAGGACAAGGCAGCUGAGGAUGCUAAGGAAGUUAAAGACAAAGUCGCAUCUACUGUAAAGGACACUAAGGAUAAGGUCAGUGAGAAGGUAUCAGACACUGGCAAAGCAGUCGGUGACAAGAUACUUGAUGGAGCUGAAAAAGCGGAACUCCAGGUUGAAAUGACAGCUCACAAAAUAGUAACCGGCACUAAAACAGCAAAAGAUAAGGUAGCUAAAGAAAUCAAAGACGAUGCUGAGACUGCAAAACAGAAAGUAGCUGCAGGAGUGGAUUCAGUCGCAGAAGGAGCAGCAACCAUGAAAGACAAAGCAGCGAAGGAGGCUAAGAAAGCUAAAGAGAAAGGCGGUGGCUUUCUGUCAGGCCUAUUCAAAGGCGCGAAGCAUGCAGCAGAUGAAGUUUCCGAAGACAUGAAGGAGUUUGUCGAUGAAACGAAGAAGGAAGCUGCUGAAGAAGAAGCUCGUGCCCGCGAAGCAAUGAUUGGACAUCUUAUCGAUUUUGACACUGCUAAGGAUAAAACUGUCAGCGAUAUCAAAUCCACCAAAGACAAAGCUGUAACUGGAGUAAAGGAUACCACGGAGAAAGUCACUGAGAAGGUGUCAGACACCUUGCAGAAGACAUCAGAUGCUGGCAAAUCCUUUGGCGAGCAAAUUGCUCGUGAAACAAAACACGUUUCAAUAAAAACAGAAACUACUGUUCGAGACAUAGCUGGUGGAGUUAUGGACACAAAAGAUAAGGUAGUUGCUGAUACCAAGGCUGCUGCGAAGGAUACCAAGGAGAAGGUCACAGAGAAGGCAGUCAAAGGAUCGCAGAAGAUUACAGACGCCGGUAGAGCUAUCAGUGACAAAGUCAUCGAUGGUGCAAAAGGUGUAGAAUCAACUGCUACAGAAAUAAGAAAAGAUAUUUCAUCUGAAGUGGACACAGUCGCAGAAGGCGCUAAGACGACAAAAGACAAGGCUGCAAAGGAAGCGAAGAAAGCGAAGGAAAAGGGCGGUGGUUUUCUCUCCGGCCUAAUCAAAACCGUGAAACAUGCAGCAGAUGAAGUUUCAGGAGAUGUUAACGAAUUCCUCGACGAAACAAAGAAAGAAGCUGCCGAAGAGGAAGCCCGAGCUCGCGAGAAAGCAGCGGAAAAGACGAAGGACGUUGAAAAGACUGUAGAGAAGGUUUCUGCAGACGCGAAGACAACUAAAGACAAGAUUGCAGUUGGUGUGAAAGACGCAAAGGACACUGUCAGCAAAAAGGUGUCAGACGUUAAGCAAUCUGUCGGUGGUACCGUUCAAGGAGUAUCUGAUAGUGCGAAAGCUACGAAACAGAAAGUUGUUUCAGUUACAAAAGAUGGCAGCGAAAAAGUAGCCACAGGUGUAUCAGAUGCUGCGAGAUCUGUUGCUGCAGAAAGUAGCAAUAUCAAGAGUAGUAUGAUGGACUUCCUGGAAGAAAUGAAAAGGGAUGUUGCAUCGGACAAGUCAGGUUUCCAAGGGAAACCUGACGAUGUUCACAUAUACGAGAACGUAAAUGUAUUCAGCAAAGGAUCGAUGCCCGAAUCGACCAGUUCAAGAAUCGAAAAAGGAUCGAGAUCAAAGAUCGUUACUUCUCCAACUUUCGUUACAAACGACCCACUUUCUGACCUUAGUUUCGAGAUACAGAGUAGAUUGACCGAGACGAGUAGAAAGGAGAUCGAUCAUCCAGAAUCGAAAUCGACGAAGAUAUCUCGCAUUCCACAGAAAGUUAGUUCCUCGAGAGACGCAAGGAUUAGCCCGAGUAGCUCAACGGAUAGUACAGUUAGGGUAGUUAACGUAAUUAGCGAAGUAGAGCACCUCGAGCCUCACACACGACAGACCGUCACCACAGUCGUAAGAAAGUCUGUGCGGACGGCAGCGACCCCACCACCCAGUCCCGCCGAGUUCAUUGACAGUAGAAUCGAAGAUGUCACUGAAGAGGCCGCAAGACGAGCACAGACUUUAGCCGAUCAAGCGUAUUCGAUGUCGAAAUCAGGGCAUGAUUCGGCUGAGAUUGAUGGGACUGUAGAGAGGCAUGCUACUUCUGCUCCAACAAAGCAAUCUGUUCCCGCCCCGCGACACUCCACCAGGUCGUCCAUCAAAACAGACUUUCAUCUAGACCUCGGCGACACCUCGUGCACGCCGUACAGUCCGAAGCAUAAGAAGGAGGAACAAUCACCGGAAAAGAGCAGUCCUAAAAGUAAGAUACCGGUGAAAAUAAAGAAAUCCAUGGAUAACGAAAAGACGGCUAGUAAAACGAUCACCGGAACCGAUGUACAUAAGACGACAAAGUUAGACAACGAGGAUGAUGAAAGGAAUGAUGUUAUAAAACAGCCUUCGCCAGAGAAACAGGUUCAGAAACCGGAAGAUUCUGUAAAGACUGAGCUGUCCAGCGAAACGUUCACCACAAUGACGACUAAGACAACCGCGUCUGCUCUAGAUUCCGAAACCCUUCAGAAAAUAGCUGGAACCAUAGAAAAGAUUGAAACCGUGACCGUAACUUCAAAUGAAGAUCCACCAAUGGAUUUAACGAGACCCGAUGAAUUGAUGACGAGAGAAAGUAAGAUAUUAAUGAAAACUUUAGCGGAUAAUGUCGUGUCGACGGAAACCAUAGUGAAAACGGUCACGACUACUUUGUGCACCACCAUGGAGACUGGCGGUACCGAUCAGAUGGAACGGAUCGUGCGGACUGUGACUACCAGCGGUGACUUCGGGGAUAUUCCUAUACCUACUCUGAAGCAACUGCACGAACGCGACAUGUUGCCUCUGGGCAUCGAACAUAUGUCGACAAAGAUAACGAAAAGUAUCAGUAGCGAGGCGUCCGAGCCAUGGGCGCACUCGUAUCUGAACGAUGAGAAGGUGGAGCAAUGGGAGAGCCAGCUCUCCCAAGACACGUCCCCCGGUUCCGGUAACGGUGACAUUUACGCAAAGAACGGUAGCUCACGGAACGAUUUAAACAGCGACACUGACAGUGACGGUUCGCCACGACCGAGAAGAAGAUCUCCGAGCAAGAGGCGUACGUUGGGCAGUUCCAGCGGGUCUGAUGUAGCGCUGCACGAAGGUGCGGAGCUGUCCCCGUUGGAGGACGACCAAGGUACCGCACUCACAGCUAACCUUCUAACUCUUCUCUGACAAUAAGCAACUCAAGAUAAAGCUAAAGUGUAGAGGGACCAACAAAUCGUGUUUUUUUAGUCAUGUUAGGAUUGUUAGGCGAAUCGUCAUGUAAGUAGCCUUUAUCUAUGUACACGUGCGUGUGAACACGAAUUCAUCCAUACACAAUAAUUAUUUGAAAUCGCUCGACAGAUUGAGCUUCCAUGAACGUCCUAACGCUUCGAGAGCUACUUUGAAUGCGUUUAGAAUUAGAAUACUUACCAUUUGUUUUUAGAUACUUUGUCCGUCUUCUCUUUGUUUAGAACCGCUAAAAUACAAUGGCCAAACGAUCGAACCUGAUCGUGUUCGUUCGCCAAACGUAUUUAAGAGUGUAAUUCUUUAAACAACAAAUUUACACAGCACUUGAAGUAAUCCUGAGCUUUUCUUCCGACCGAUCUCUUUCAUGAUUUACUGUUCAUUCUUUCAAGGUUUAUUAUAUGUCGUAGUUUCGUAGAUAUAUCUCUAUCCUUCUGUGUUUUAUUUCAUUUUCAUUUGCAUGAAAAUUCUAUACAUUAACAUUGGAACUGUAUCCGAUUAAAUGAUGGAUCUCAAAUUUUUUAUUUUAAAUUAUAAAAAUUAAUAAUGUAUGUUGAUUUUUGUCGAGAUAAAGAACGAUUAUGUAUCCUAAAGUAGCUGACAACCAGUGUUAUUCUAGUGGUAAGCAAAUGAAAUUUUAUAAAAAUUCUAUAAAUUAUUAUAAAUUUGUAAGUUAUUGUAACUCUAAUUACAAUUUACCUAAUCAAAUCGAUCGAAACGAUCAUAAAUCAAGAGUUUAAGAAUAUAAAAAUACCUUGAGAGAAGAAUUUGUAUUCCAAAAAAUUGCAAUAAACAUUCGGAAGAAAAGUAUCGGAGAAACGCAAGCCUGUAACGCAGCGAAAAGUUGCCUGUCUAUCCCCAGACAAUACUAAAAUAACUAUAAAAAAUCGCGUUAAUAAUUUUCAAUUAAUAAUUGACCGUUCGUCUAACAACACUAACUGAUGUAGUUAGUACGCGCCCCUUUAAACUUGUUGCCACUAUAUAUACAGGGUGUUUCAAAGAGCUACGGUCAAAACCAGAGAGCGUUUUCCUCGGUCGAAAAUUGUAAGUAUGAAACUGCUCUUCUAAAAUGAUAAAGCUCGAACUGUCGAGAAAGUAUGUAAUUCUUUGGUACAUAUUUCAUUUCAUUCUUCUAGUCGUUGAAGUUACGAUUUCUUCUUUAAUUCGUAUUUAUUAUCAUUGAUUCGAUGCAUAAGUUUAUGAUAAAGAGUAUUAUAUCAUUUUGUCGAGAUCUGUUCAACGUAUAGCGUGUAUUAGGAGUGUGCGGGUACCCGAAAAUUUUUAGUCGGGUCGGGCGGGACUCCGAAAAUUAAUUUAGCACAUAAAUUUAGUUAGGUACCCGUAAUUUUGGGACCCGGAUUCGACUCGUGACCCAAGAUCCGAGUUGGUAUUCGGGUACCCGAAAUUACGGAUACCCGAAUAAAUUAAUGCUUUGAAUAAAUUUUUGGGUAUCCACACACCCCUAACGUGUAUUAAAGGUAGAAUUAUCUUUUUUUUAGUAUCUUGUUUCGUGACGAUUCAGCAAUAGUUCCUUUAUGUAGGUAGAUUGAACAUUAGCAGUUUCUUAUUGAUUAGAAUCAAUUUCGUUACGAACGUUUCCUACUUAUUUUCCACCGAAGAAACCCCCCUCCCUUUCAGUUUUUACCGUAGUUGAAGUACUCUUCUGUUGUAUCGGACAGUUUCAGUACCUUAUAUACAGUAUCUUAUGACUAACUGCUAAAACGCUUUAUUAUUAUUAUUAUUCAGUAGCUUUUAUCAGCGCUUCACACGAGCUCGCUGCGUGCAGCACAGUCCUGCUUGCAAGGCAGGUUUCUUUUGACUUUGAUUUAUUAAUAGAAUUUUUGCACAAUUAUGAAAUAAUUGAAUCGAAGAAACGUCUCAUUUUGCAAAAAUAUCAUAUUUAAAAAAUUUUCAACCUUUGAUCAUUUGUGACCCCGAUCUACAAGAUGGUGAUUCAUUAAAAUUAACCACCUAAAUUUAAUUAAAAAACAGUAUAAAAUUGAAAAGAAUUUUAAUCUAACAAUUUAAAAUUAAAUUCUUCAAGAGUUAAUUAAAGUUUUACAAAACUUUUUAGUUUCCAAUACGAAAUAAAAAGAACACGUUAUUCUUCUUUUCAAUUAUUUUCUAAGCAAAGAUUUGUAUUAAUAUCAGAGAUCAAAGUAUCGAAAUCUCUCUUGUAAGAAGUGUCUUAAACGUGCCUAAGUAAUUAUAAUUAUUCUCGGGUACAAUAUGACCAAUGCGGACUUAAGCGCUGCUAUUAGUGCAUAGUUAUUUCACUUACAUGUGACGAAACGGAAAAUCGAAUUGAACUUCGAUGAAGUUAUGAUUUAACUUCCUGUGACGGACGUUCUGAAAUUCUAUUAUCAAACGAUAACUACGAUGAAGAUGAACGUGUGAAGUAUUAUAAAGAAUCAUCGUGAAAAAUAUAUAUUUGAGAAGUAAGGAAAAGCGGUUGCAUAGUUGGCUGAUUAAGUAAAAAUGCGUAUUAUUAUUAUUAUAUAUAUUAUGUAUCGUCAAAUGUAUAGCGUUGUUGUUACUUUUUUUAUAUGUGUCUAGUAUUACCCCUUGUUUUGGGCAUGAUGUAACCAUUUGAGAGGUAUAUACGAUUGGUACUUGUAUCUAUGUGAACCGCUAUAAUAGUAAGAACACGCAUUCACCCUAAGCAAGAGCAUGUCUUUUGAUAAGUUCUCCUUUGUUACACAGAAUCUGACUUUUUGCAACAUAGCGAGCCAUCCUACAUGGAAACGACAACGACGGAAAUGGACCCUGAAACUCAGGAAAG